CAGUGGCUUGUGUGGCUGGCGUGAAUGGUUUUUUUUGCUGCUCUACUUGCUCCUGCUGCUGCUUCUGUUGCUCUUGUAGUUGUUGUUGCUGCUUCAGAUGCUGCGGUGGUGCUUCGGCGUUGCCUUGGUGGAGCGCCAUGGCUGAAUAGCUGGUGCUGAAACCCUAGGGUUGCGGGCGAUGGAGGUGGACACGAUUGCAGUGUUAGUGCAGGGCUGCAAGCUCUGGGGCUGGGAUUUCAUUGUGAGGUGAGGGUGGUAAGCAGGGUAGGCCAGGCGAGGGCGAGGGCGAGGAGGACGAGGAGGGCGAAGGGGCUUGAGUGAGUGAGGGUGUGGUAGAGCAGGGAAGGGGAAAAAGAGGGAGAGCGAUGGAGCGGGGUGAGGAGGUGGAAUACGGAGGCACGAUGGAGAUGGGGGAUUUCUUGUCGGAGAACGACGACGGGGAGGGUCUCAUGAUGCAAGACGGAGAAGAGAUGAGCGACGAGGAGAUGGACGUGGAUGAGUUGGAGAAGCGGAUGUGGCGCGACAAGAUGCGUUUGAAGCGGAUUAAGGAGCUGCAGAAGGAUAGGGAGAUGCGGAGCGGGACGGGGGUUGAUGGGAAGAGUGGAGGCGGUGGUGUCGGCGAGAGAGGGGUGGCGUCGGCGAAACAGCAUAAGCAGAGCCAGGAGCAAGCGCGGCGGAAGAAAAUGAGUCGCGCGCAGGAUGGAAUUCUCAAGUAUAUGUUGAAGAUGAUGGAGGUUUGUCAGGCGCAGGGAUUUGUGUAUGGUAUUAUCCCGGAGAAGGGGAAGCCUGUGAGUGGGGCAUCGGAUAAUAUUCGUGCUUGGUGGAAGGAGAAAGUGAGGUUUGAUCGGAACGGGCCCGCGGCAAUCGUCAAGUACCAGGCGGAUCAUGCUCUGCCGGGCAAGCCUAAAGGUAACGUCAGCACGGGUCCUACUCCUCACACUUUGCAAGAACUUCAGGACACCACUCUAGGCUCGUUGCUGAGCGCCCUGAUGCAACAUUGUGACCCUCCCCAGCGGAGGUACCCGUUGGAAAAAGGAGUGCCACCUCCGUGGUGGCCAUCCGGGGACGAGGAAUGGUGGCCUCAGCUAGGAUUGCCGAAGGGGCAAGGAGCGCCACCAUACAAGAAGCCUCAUGAUCUGAAGAAGGCAUGGAAGGUGGGCGUUCUUACCGCUGUCAUCAAACACAUGUCGCCGGAUAUUGCGAAGAUUCGCAAGCUUGUGAGGCAGUCUAAGUGUUUACAGGAUAAGAUGACAGCAAAGGAAAGUGCCACAUGGCUCUCAGUGUUAAAUCAGGAGGAAGGGCUCGCCCGGCAGCAGAGCGGUGCUGGAGGCAGCGCGGGCACUCCAGGCGGGCAAAAUGGUUCUGGUCUUGCUGGGAACAGCUCGAAUGAGUUCGACGUUGAUGGAGUCGAUGACUCUCCCCCUGGACCUUCUGGCAGUGAUGAAGGUCAGGAUGUGGACACUGAUGAUUACGAACCCUGUGCAGGCAGCCGACCUGCCCACUCUGCGGCUAAAGGUGGCGCAGACAGGGAUACCGAUUCUUUGGACUCAACGUUCGAUAAGUCUUCUCUUAGACCGCAAGAUGGAGACCUGGUGGAUGGUUCGAGAAAGAAAAGGUCGUCUGGGGAAGUGCAGAGUAUGGAGCAACGGGUUUACAUGUGCCCCUAUCCGAAUUGCAAGCGUAAUGAAUGGCGCAGUGCAUUUGUGGAUCGGGAACUACGGAACAUGCACCAGGCUUCGUGCGUAUUUAGACCAGUGGCCUCGGUCUCUGUAAACAAUAUCAUGUACUCCGGGAACACGCAGCCACAGGGUCUGAGCGGAAAAGGCCUUUUUCAAAUUGGAGGGAUGGUUGGUAAUCCUGGCGGCGUGAUUCAAGGGGCAGCAGGCUACGCACCUCUCCCACUUCCUGUUCCAAUUCAAAACAUGUCAUCGGUGCCGAAUAUGCAAGGUGGUAAUGGUGAUCAGCAACCGCUUCAUGACUUGCUUGCGGGACUCUACGGGGCUAACGGAAUGCAUCCAGUAGAGGGUUCCAUGGGAGUAGCGCGAUCCAGUGGUCUCGACGGAUCAGAGCUCUGCAAUGGCCUUCUAGCAAUUGAUAACGGAAUGGCAAAUCAAUCGCAGCGACAGAUGGACUCAUCAGAUCUCGUGGCGGACGAGACCAUGUUUGGGCAGGGUUUCGGCGAGGGCUCAAAUGUAACGGACGUUAGUAUGGAAAACCAUGGCAGUUUACCCAAGGAUGGUAAGGUUUUUGAGCACUCGUUCGACCCUCAUUCAGGCGUCGAGCCGCCGUUGGACUACAACUUUAGCUCCACUUUUGAUAUAGGAAUUGAGUCCCAUGUGCCAUUGGGGCCUUCCGCAAUAGAUCAUUUACUUGGUGAGGACCCCAUAUGGUACUUCGGUGCAUAGAAGUCUAUCAACCGAAAUCACAUGUUUGUGAUCUUCGCUAUGGAAGCUGGAGUGAGGGAUUAGAUUGAGAUUUAGAUAGAAUUUAGCUGGUGCUGUCUGAAGGCAGUACGACAUAAUGUAUAUCGUAGCAGGGCCUCUGAGUUGGAGCUGGGAGUCUUCUCGCGCCUGGUGGAGCUGCCUGUUUUGCGGGGAUGAAGUAUACUGGCUGUUGGGAAGGUUGGUGGGAUAGUGGAAGGGAAGAGAGAUGCAAGGGUGGUCUUGAAGGUUGGGGGAUGCAAUGGAUGCCAGGAUGGAUGAAGACCAUUAUCUUGAGAUGUGCUGGUCAAGGAGGCUCAGAGGAACAUGUGUUUCUGUAUGAUAGAGCAAGUGCUCUCAUUCUUGUACUAUAUCACCAUUGGUAUCUACAUUGGAGUGAAAGGGAGCUCAGUCCUAAUGCUGGAAAACGACUUGUUCUCCGAUGUGGCUGCUGCAUCCUGCAACCUUUGGCAGCCUUACGUGGGAUGUAACAUAAUCUCCUAUUUAAUGCAAACGUGGGUGCUUCUUCAAUUUCAUAUA